GCAAAGCCCAGCCUGGGCCGGGUCCUCCCUGGGUCGUCCAUCCUCUUCCUGUGUGACAUGCAGGAGAAGUUCCGCCAUGUCGCCUAUUUCCCCCAGAUCGUCUCUGUGGCUGCCCGCAUGCUCAAGGUGGCCCGACUGCUGGAGGUGCCAACUGUGCUGACGGAGCAGUACCCGCAGGGCCUGGGCCCCACAGUGCCCGAGCUGGGGGCGGCGGGCCUGCAGCCCCUGUCCAAGACCUGCUUCAGCAUGGUGCCCGUGGCGCGGCAGGAGCUGGACGCGCGGCCGCAGCUGCGCUCUGUGCUGCUCUGCGGCAUCGAGACGCAGGCCUGCAUCCUGAACACAACCCUGGACCUCCUGGAUCGGGGGCUGCAGGUCCACGUGGUGGUGGACGCCUGCUCCUCCCGCAGCCAGGUGGACCGCCUGGUGGCACUUGCCCGGAUGCGACAGAGCGGCGCCUUCCUCUCCACCAGCGAAGGCCUCAUUCUGCAGCUGGUGGGUGACGCCGCGCACCCCCAGUUCAAGGAGAUCCAGAAGAUCAUCAAGGAGCCCGCCCCGGACAGCGGGCUGCUCGGCCUCUUCCAAGGCCAGAACCCCCUCCUCCGCUGAACCCCGCUCGGCCCCGAGGGGAGACCUCCCUCCUGCCUGUCACCGGCCUCGGGGGAAGCGCUUUCCCCCCGUCCUCGGGUCCCUUGAGUGGUGCAGUCCACCGGGAGCGCCGCCCCUCGGGAGGGGAGGCGGGUGCUGCCUUGCUUAUUGGGCGGCAGCUCCCGGAAAUGCAAAUGAGCUCCUGGCAGCCGACGGCCGUUGGCUGGGCUGAGCUGGGGGCGGGGCUCGGCCCCGGGCCCCUUCAAGGGCUGGGAAGGGGCGGGGGAAGGAGUGUCACGGACUGUGUGGGACCUGGGCUCGCGGAAUAAACACCGAUGUGGCUGUGGACCGAA